GGAGUUCCCCUGCUCCGUCCAGUCCAGCGGGAGAGGCAGCAGCAGCAGCCGCUUCAGCCGCCACGGGGCUGCUUCGCGCGCUGUUCACCUCCCAGGACCCCUCCGCGGUCGCAGCGGCAGCAGCAAGAGCAGGCACCUCCCACCGUGCCCCCCACUCGCAUCCCCAUCCCCAACACCAGCAGCAGCAGCACCUUCAUCCCCCACACAGUGGCAGCCCGAGCAGCUCGCCGCACCGCCACCCACCUAAUCCGGGGAGCAGCCCGGGCAGCAGCGGCAGCGGCGGUACUGUUGAGGCCGCUGCACCUGCUGCUGCUUCUAGGCUUUCCGCUCCCUCCUCCUCGCGGCCUGCUAACGAUGGGGCCAGCAUCAGCACCAGCAGCGCCAGCAGCGGCAGCCACCUCAGCCCCCAGCAGCCGCUGCUGCCGUUCGUCCACUCGCAACCCCGACCGCUAGCACAACAGCAGCAGCACCAGCAGCGGCCUCAGGCGCCUGCCUACCCGUACUCGUCUGCUGCUGCUGCCCCUGCUGCUUCUGUUGGCGGUAGUGGUGGUGGUGCGCCGGCGUCGCCGGCAAGGCCUCCGGUUGAGGAAGACAGGUCUUCCCUGCUGAUCGUAACGCUCACAGCGGACGGCGGCGUGUGGCGCUGGGAGGGGCCCCUGGCUCGCUUCCCAACCGCUUCCAACGACUACCUUAAUAACCGCCACAACUACCAACAACAGCAGCAUCAACCGCUAACGCCUGCGCCACCCCAGGCUGCAGCAGGCUUGCGACACCCUGGCCCGUCAACGGCAGCAGCAGCAGCGGCAGCCGGGCUGCCACCCCCGCUGCCCCCACCGCAGCACCCGCAGCAACAGCAGCCGCUGCAGGUGGUAGCCCACCCCUCCGGCCCCCCGCUCCUCUCCGGCCAGCUGCACCUGCUGCCCUCCGCCGCCACCUGCAUCGCACUCUACCCCCGACCCGUGGCCGAGGCGGCUGGUGGUGGUGGUGGUAGUGGGGGCGGUGGUGGCAGCAGCAACAGCAGCAGUGUUGUGUUGCUGGGUGCUGCGGGGACGGUGGGAGGCAGUUUGGAGCUGUUUGCCGUGCAACGGGGGCUGGUGUCACCGCUGUCCGUGCACGUGACCUCCUCCCUGGCUGCGGCACACAGAGACGGCCCCAUUCGCGGCGUUCGGUGGCUCGGCGCCUCGCCGCGACUCCUCAGCUUCUCCUCCGACCGGACCCCCAAUGGCUCCGCCUGGCGUAACGCCCUCGUCAUUACCGACAUCCGAAGCGGUCGAUCAAUUCACCUUCCUCGCGACGGUUCAUCUUCCUCUUCCGCCCCUUCGUCUUCCUCCGCGGGAGGAGCGCCUCCUUCCAGUCCAGGCUUCGGAGGAGGUGGAGGAGCAGCCGCAGGAGGAGGGGGC